AUGACUGAUUAGACUCCAAAUGAUUUUCAUUCUGAAUUGGAAUCCUCUCCUCUAAACUUUCGUCAAUCCAACAUGAUUCUUUUUUAGCCUUACAGUCCUAUUUUAUUUCGUGCUAACCUUAGUCCUAAUAACAUGGUUUUGCAAGAUUAUUAUAUUGCAUAACCCAUACAACAUGGAGAUGAUAUUUUUCCAUUUGAUCAAUAACCAUUAUAAAAAAUGUUUGAUUUGUAAACAUCAAAUAAUCAAUCUCCCCAAUUAAAAUAAGUUGUGAUAAAAUAAUCACAAAAUAAGUAAUAGGGUUUUUAAAUUGUUUAAAUUAACACUACUUAAAUGACACCACAGAAACGUAGAAGUGAAUAAACAAGAAGAUAUUAUUCUGAGAAGAAUGAAAAAAAGUCUAUAAAUUUAGCAUUUUAUUAAGAUUAAACACCUUAAAGAAGUUAGAAAGGUAUAUAGUAAUAUUAUGAAAGGACUACGUAAUUUGAGUGUAAAAGUGAGAGAUAUAGUAUUAGAAUUGAAAUCCACAUCUUAUAAGGAUGUUGCAUAAAGAUUGAUUUAAGAUUUAGGUUCUGAUGGAUAAAUAGUUGAAUUAGAUAAUGUAUGAAUUAAAAUUGAGUUACAAGCCUAAAGAUGAAUAAAAUAUAAAAAGAAGAGUUUAUGAUGCUUUAAAUGUUAUGAUCGCUUCAAAAGUGUUAAGGAAAGAUGGUAAACGAGUCAUUUCUGAUGUCUUUUGUAAACAUAGGAUGAGAAGAAAUGAAACUGAUAUGUUUAAAGAAUAAUUAGUAUAAUAUAUUAAUAAAUUAUAGAUGAAUUAAAAGAAUUUAAUAAAAGAUAAAAAGAAAAGAUUACAAGAAUUAUUUAUUAAAGUUGUUGCUCUAAAGAAUUUAGUGUAAAGAAACUAAAAUAAUAAGAGUGAAAACAAGAUAAUGUUUCCGAUUCUUGCAUUUUAAGCUUAAUAAUCAUAAAUUAAACUUAAAAUGGAAUCGAAAGUAUUAAAGAUUAUGAGUUAAUCAAAAUUAAAAUUAUCUGCUGAUUUAGAUAUAUUGGUUUAACUUAAAAUGUACAAAUUAUAUAAAAAUAUGGAUGAAUUGUAAUUAUAUUAAACAUAAAAUAGCAUGCCUAAAAGUUUAAUUGAAAUAGUGUAAAUAAAUGAUCUCUGCUCUUGA